AUGAGUAGUUGGCUAUCGGAGUCACAGCAAUUCGGUGCUGUGUUCACGUUCGGUGGAUGUUUGUUCUUCCUUUUUGGUAUCUUCACCUUCUUCGAUAGAGCACUAUUGGCUGUUGGGAACAUCUUGUUCCUACUCGGCGUGCUGCUGAUGAUAGGCCCACACAAGACUCUCAAAUUCUUCACUAGACCGACAAAGAGACGUGGGACCUUGUUUCUCGUGUUUGGGAUAUUCAUGAUCUUAUGUAAGUGGACGUUCCUUGGGUUCAUCAUCGAAUCGUUAGGUAUAGUCGGUCUAUUCGGCGACUUUUUCGGCGUGAUCCUCCAAUUGCUGAGGUCCAUUCCUAUAAUCGGACCAGUACUGUCUCACCCUACCAUUGCACCAGUCCUAGACCGUAUAGCUGGUGUGUCAGUGCUUCCUGUGUGA